AUGUCUAAUAAUUUCCUAGUCCCUGUGACUGCAGCCUCUCAAAAUAAAUCCAAAUUCUCUCAUAAAAAGCAUCCUUCAUAGCUAGCUGAAGUCUUGAAUAUGUCCCCCAAUAGAAACAGCAAUCAGAAACGUAAGCAACUAUCUGGGUAAAAGUAUACAAGAUUGUGUGCCCAAUCCAUAAUGGGUGUCAAUAAAUCUUGGGAUAUUUUUAUGCUUAAAUUGUUCUGGUGUGCAUCGCAGCUUUGGCAAUUUGGUGGAAACAAUUCACUAAAGAGAUACUUCAAGUUCUAUGAUCUUAAUGCAGAGCCAGUUAAUUAAAGGUAUUUCAGCAAGGCAGCAGAAUUCUACAGGCAAAAACUCAAAGAGCAAUGUGAAAAGCCAUUUUCACAAGAUUAAUAUGAGUAAUUUGAUCCAAUAAAUCUAAAUGACAAACCAAACUUUGAUGAAGGUAGAAUAAUACUUACUAUGAAUAUGGCAAGACACUCUGUUGACUCGAACAUAGUUUUUUAAAACUUAGAAAAUUAGCAAAAUUCCUAAUAAAACCAACUAAGAAAGCGAGGAACUAUAGUCAUAUCUUUAAACGAAGAUGAGAUUUUAUAUAAAGGUAGAGGGAGAUAAGAACUUACUGAUUCCUCUCCAAAUGAUGUUCAAUUGAAUAAAGUCAAUUAUCAAUAACUCAUUCCAAAUAACUCAGUAAAAUAAUUGGUAUUUGAAGAGAUUAAACAAGAAAAAGAGUAAAUGCUAUUCAACAAUGUCAAAAACUCACAUUAAAAUAAGGCAUUCUCUAAAUCAAUGAUUGAUAAUAAUCAUAGUCAAAGUACAGCUUAGCUAAAAAGAGUUGAAUCAUCCUUGAUUGACACAAUUAUUGAAAGCACAAGACAAGCAAGUGAUAUGGCAGUUCAAAAAGGUAUUGAGUUGCAAAGAAAACUUUAGGAAAGUAAUAUAAGCGAAUAAGUAUCAACAAGAUCCUCUGAUAUACUCAAUAAGGGAUUAGAUAUUGGAGCAUCUCUAUAUUUGAUAGCUGAAUCAUGUGGCGGUGGUGGAAAUUACAGUACCAAUUAAGAUAGACCAGAGGCAAGAAUAAGAGAAAAUGAAGUUGAUUUAUUCGAAUUAAGUCAAAAUCACAAUCAAAGUCAAUGUAGCUCCAAUUCGAGUAAAUAAUAAGGAAUCAGAACUCAAAACUUGUAAUUUAACCAGAGAACUCAACGAUGA